AUGGACGUGAUGCCUGGAAACAGAGGAUCCGGCUACCAGCCUGCUGAUGCAGCUGGCCACUUCGUGUCGCAGCCACAGGCACCCACCGGCGCCCAAGAUGUUUUUGACUUUGAGGAGCUGGAGACGGAUCCCAGCGAGCGACGCCCCGGCGGUAGCCUGGCCAAGCGGCUGUGGUCAGCGUCCCCAGAGGUGCGCCAGUGGAAGUGGGUUUCCGUGGGGCUUGUCUUCUUAGCUGCCUUCUUCCUGCAGAGCCUUUCUCUGUACUUCGCCACACGCCGCUAUGUUCGGUGGGUGGGUGGUCUGACUGACAAGGCCAAAGAGCACCAUGCUUCGCACUUUGGGGAUCGCAGUCAGCAUCCGCAGCUGGACAUGUUGGUGCUGAGGCUUCUUCAGCCCAGGGACACCGUGGGUGAGAUGCUGAACGUAGGAGACGGUGUGUCGAAAAUGCCCUUCGAUAUCCUCCUUUCCGUGCUUCCUCUCUUCUGGCUGGCAGCCGUCGUCCAGGCCCGAAAUCUUCGGCUUUGGACACGGACCUUGCUUGCGGCCGCUUUUUUGGCACUCCUACGAGGUCUCCUCUCGAGCUUGACGCUGUUGCCCAACCCAUUAGGAUGGCAGGGGUGCGAGGCGAACUUGCGCCCGGAGGUGAUGGCCCACUACCAAGGCCAGCAAGGGUUUGCCGACGUCGCCAAGGGGACCGGCCUCGUCCUGUGGCUUUGGCUUCAAGACUUGGCCUUGGGAAUGCGACUGCAGGAGCAUUUGGUCUGUGCUGGCGGAGCAAGCCUGAGUGGCUCCGCGUUCUUCUCUGCGCUCUUCGCCCUCGCGAUCUACGACCUGUCGCGAAUGUGGACGAGGAAGAUGAAGCCGCACUUCCGGAGUUUGGCCCACCUCGCCUCCGGCGGGCUCUUGACCGUCUUGGUCUUGGUGGAUGUUAGCAUCGACGUGGCCCUCGGCCGCCAGUACACCGCCGGCGUGACCAUGUCCCUUGUUCUCGCGUUGCUGACGUACCAGAGCCCGGCGUUGGCAGUCUGCGCAGAUCGCUUGCUUGUCAGGGGUACUCCGGCUUUGAACACCUUAGCAGGACAAGCGCCGCCCAAAGAGACGCAUCAGACGGAAGACACCAGCCGCGAUCUCGGGGACAUCGUCGUGCCACCCUGUUGCCUCCCCUUCUGUGGAUUUCACGGCCGAUACUUCCUCUAUUCCCAGCCGGCAAGUGAGAAGGAGCAGGAGCUUCUGGCACAGAGGCAAGCCCAGGCAGAGUUGGAGCAGCUGCAGAAGGAGCAGGAGUCUACCACCCGGCGCCUCCUGGAACUCGAGGCGCAGCUGGAGUCACUGCAUGCGCGACAGGCCGAGCGGGCUGCGGAGGAGCCGAAGAUCUUCGAAGAGCAGCUGCAGGCAACUUCCUUGGUGAAUAUCUGGUUCGGCAGGAACGAAGAGGGACAGGAGGAGCAGUUGGAGCUGCGGCCAAAUGGUGGCUUUGUGCACUCCCUUGUCCAUGAAGACCAGCAGUCGGGGGACCAGGUUUCCGUCAAAGAGUGCAGAGGCGAGUGGAAGGUCCACCGGGUGAAACACCUCGGCGCGGAUCUCAACGCCGAGGGCGACCGCGAGAUCGAACUGAAGGUUCCUUCAUCAGAUGCCGAGCCAGCGAUCGUGGAUCGCCUUGUGGUUUGCGGCACAGCGCCCGGCGUCAACGGCUUCCAAGGUGCCGCCUGCCGUCUCUACCCGGAGAACUACCAUACGCCAUCGAAACCGCGUGCGGCACCUCCUGCGCCUUCCGCGGAGGAAUUGCAGGUACUCUCCGAGACAACCGGCUUUUCGACGGAGCGAUGUGCGGCCUCUCUCCGUGCCGUAAUUGGGGCGAACUCCCAGUCGGACGAGUCUUCGCGCGCGGCACUCCUCGAGGCGGCGGCCUCGCGGCUCUUCGAAGAGUCGCCUCCCAACGACACGGCCGCUGCCGCCACACCCGAGGUUUCUGAGGAGAGCAUUCAGCAGCUCGUUGCCUGUACGGGGAGGUCAGAGAACGAUUGUCGAUCUGCGCUGCAGCAAUAUGGGAACGUGGAUGCCGCUGCGGAAAUAUUGCUCGACGGCGAGGUCCAGUUGGGAUCCUCGGCCGCGAGCAGCAGCAGCGCCCCUCCAGCGCCGGCGGAGGCGGCUUCUGCCCCUGGGCCUUCGGAUGCCCAGCGCCUUGUGGAGCUCACGGGUUUGUCCUUGGAAAAGUGCCAGGAGGCCUUGACUAAGGUGUCGAGCUUAGACGCGGCCGCGGCGCUCCUCCUUGAUGGCGAGCUCCCUGCAGAGGCAUCCCAGGAAAGUCGGGCCGCGGAGCCUGCGGAGGACGCCGCGGAGGAUGGGGGCAUGUACCUUGCUGACGAGGACGAAGAAUCCGACGGCUGCGCUGACGACGAUGCUCCAGAGGACGACGGCGCCGACGCCGCAGUGGAAGAGCCUGAGGCUAAGCGGCCACGCACGGGAGAUUCGGACAAGGAGCUGUGA